AGCGAGGGAUGUCUCGGCAACAGCGUAUUCUGCAGCGUGACCUGUCCAGUGAGGAGGGGGUGGAGACGGCCAGCGGGGUUAUGGUUGAGAGGAAGAUGAGCCUGGAGAAGGGAUACCGCCGAGCCCUGGCCAAGGCCUUCCAGACCCACCCUCACCAGAUGGACUUCACCAAGCCAGACCAGGCAGUUAGCAUCAUCAAUGCAUGGGUCUCAGACCACACUGCAGGUGCCAUCCCUGAGUUCCUGGCACCUGGAUCUCUGACUGAUGAGACCCGCCUGGUCCUGCUUAAUGCUCUUCACUUCCAGGCUCUCUGGAAGGUUCCCUUUGAUCCCAGACUGACACAGGAGAGGAUGUUCCACUCUGCCAAUGGCAGCACUGUGCCCGUGCAUAUGAUGAGACUCACUAACCGUUUCAACUAUGGCGAGUUUGUGACUGCUGAUGGAGUGGACUAUGAUGUUAUUGAGGUCCCAUACGAGGGUGACUCACUGAGCAUGCUCCUGGUGUCACCCUUUGAGUCUGAUGUUCCACUGAGCACGCUCAGUGCGGAUCUGAACAGCCAGAAGAUUCAGCAGUGGAGAACGCAGCUGAAGAAUGUCAGGAGACAGCUGGCCAUUCCUAGGUUCACUCUGAACUCUGAGGUGAAUUUAAAGACUCCUCUGCUUAACAUGGGUCUGGGAGACAUGUUCAACCUUGCUACUGCUGACUUCACGCGCAUUACAUCUGAUGAGAGGCUGUGUGUGUCGAAGGUUCUGCAGAGAGUGAAGAUCGAGGUGAAUGAGCAAGGAACCAAGGGAGCAGCAGCCACAGCUGCUGUUAUGUUUUCUCGUAUGGCCGUGGAGGAAAUUACUCUGGACCGACCCUUCCUCUUCCUCAUCCAGCACAAACACACAGGUGCUCUUCUGUUCAUGGGUCAGUUCAACGAGCCUCAACAACAAUAAGCCACUCUGAAUACCUGCCUUCAUUCCACUGUGUCUGACUACUGCUGCUUGUGAUGGCCACACACGAUGACUGCACCAGUCUUCUUCAGACCAAUUCACUCAAAAUGUUUAUUUAUAAUGUGCUUAAUAGAACAAGACCGGGGCAAAGUAACACACAGAUUUAACAGGACCUUGGGAACAUGAUUGUCUCACAUAGUCUUCGAAAAGAGUACAUAUGUUUGCUGUUAAUUUAUUUCUCUGAAUUUUUGUGGAUAAGAAAGAAAGAAAUAUGAAGGAAAGUUCAUUAAUGAAGCAGUUUACUGUUGCACUUCACCAAUAUAGAUGUUGCUGCAGACAGACUGAUGGCUUCACAAGUACCAAGAAAAGAUGUAUUUUUAUCUUUUUUUACAAUUUCGAUAAUAAUGUCUAUUUUUGUUAUUGCCUUGUGAAGUUACAUUUGUAUUUUGCUGUAUUUAUAUUUAUUAAAGUACUAUGUUUUUACAAAGCUAUGGUCUCUGUGAUUACUGAGAUCUC